AUCGACCAUCCAAACAAAACAACAUGCUGGCAUGGCGCGGACGUUGGCAGGUGGCGCUGAUACCGCGCCGAUGGCGCAUAGACUCACGUUUUGUCGCCAGCAAGACCACGGCACCACUUCAAACAAAGCAAAAUGCUUCGUUAAAGAGGCUUGUGUCGGUGAAGGACAUGCACUCGAAUCUGCUGGAUACCCACCACCUUGUGAUGCCGUCUACAAACCCGGCUUGGCAGGUCACAUCUGAGGCACAUUUUGAAGAAUAUGCGAAUGUUCCUCCCGACUGGCCAUCAAAAUUGGACGACCUGCAGGCUCGAUGGAAUUGGCGCUUUGACAAUGUAUUGCAUUUGCAAUGUGCAUUGACCCACUUCAGCCGAUUCUUCCCCAGCACGCAUCAGCUUUUCCCCGCGAACCGCACUGCCAACAGGUCCCUCGAAUGGCUCGGCGACUCCGUACUCAACACGUGCGUGGCAAGCUACCUCUUCCAGUCGUAUCCUACGGUCCAGGAAGGGCAAUUGACACAGCUGCGGUCAGCGCUUGUGAAUAAUGGCGUGUUGAGUCGAGUGGCCGUGGACUUGAACCUGCCUUCUGCUAUGCUGUUUGGCGAAAGUGUUGUGCAUGCGUAUCACGAUGACUCGGCCUUCGCCAAUUCGAUGAAGCAGACAUUGCAUGCAAGCGUCGUCGAGGCGCUCGUCGGUGCCGUGCUGCUCGACCAGACGCAUGAUGCAACAUCGACAGGGAUUGGUUCGCGCGAUCGAGUUUGCCAACACGAACGUUUUGCCGAAAGCGAUUGAAUAUGCACGAACAACGUCCAACAUGUGGGAUCCUGUGAGUGAAAUCUUUCGUCGAGCAGAUGCCGAAGGCAUCUCCAUUCGCUUUGACAGGACCAAAAUCGACAACGACAAACACCUCAUCUCCCUAUACAUUGACGACAAGAAGGUGCUCACCCAACUCGGCCCAAGUUUCAAGACAAUCACGGCCAGGCUUGCAGAGAGACUGAUAAAGUCGUGGAAGACAUUGGUCCCAAAGAAGGACAAAUCGACCACCAACAAGCCAUAACAUUGGUCGGCAGGACAGUCACGCGUAUCAAUUCAAGCUACCACCGUAGUUUACAUGGCGCACGAUGUCGCAGCUGAUGUCGAGGCAUUGUGACAGUUCGUUCGUCUGACACAUCCAAGGGAAAUUCGAACUUGUACCAAUGUCCCCUCGAGAUUAUUUUACACUUAGCUUUCAUUUCGAUUUUGUAUGACAUUUUUUGAAUUUGACCUGUCU